UCCGUAGUGCGUCGUUGAGUACGCGACCACGUGACACAUGUGAUACUUGUGCUUUCUGUUCUUCUCCGAAUGCCACCAAAUACGCGGACAAACUCUGUUAAUCAGAAUAUAAACUGCGUCUCGGGAUUACUCGAUUUCUGAUUGUCGAAGUGUUAGAUUCGAACACCAAAACUACAGGCAGAAAUCCUUUCGUAUUUAUAAACUUGGAAGCAUAUGUAAGUUAUCAGCUUCGCUCUUCCACUUGGCCACUUGACAACUGACGUUAACUUGGUAGUGAGCCUGGAGAGGAGGGGACCAUAAACAGGAUACAAAUGCGGCUGAAAGACCCCUUCUCUUUAAAAACCGCAGACAUGACCAAGCGGUCUAACAAGCCAAAGAAGCCUCGUGAUGAAGACUCGUCUGACGAGGUUGGCGGGUUGACAUGCCAGCAUGUGAGCAGGGCUGUGGACCUCAGCUCAGUGAAGAAGGCAGUGACAGGCAGCCUGUGGUCUAUAUGCUCCGAUUGCCUUAAAGAGAGGAACAUUCAUGAGGGAGAACAAGCAGGAGCACAUGACAUCCUUGUGUGCCUCAAGUGUGGGUUCCAGGGUUGUAACCAGGCAGAAUCUCAGCAUUCCACAAAACACCUGCAAGCUCAUCACUCUGACUCUCACUGUAUCACCAUCAGCCUCAGUACAUGGAAAGCCUGGUGUUUUGAAUGCAAGGAAGAGCUCUCCACUCAUUGCAAUAAGAAAGCGCUGGCUCAGACUCUGGAUUUCCUGCAGAAGCACUCAGCAAAGGCCACCUCAGGAACAACCUCAAAAAUUAUCAGGCUCCGAGAGGAACCCGCUGAGUAUGUGGACACUCAGAGAGGGAAGACUCCAGUGAAUAGCACACUUAUCCCAGUCAAGGGCAUCAACAACCUGGGUAACACCUGCUUCUUCAAUGCUGUGAUGCAGAAUCUCUCCCAGACCCACAUGCUGAAUGACCUAAUUCAAGACGUCAAGGAGAAGGGACAUAAGAUGAAGAUCUGCCCCCCUGCUGAGACUAAGUUGGGGCCACUAACAGUGACGUUGCCCAGCCCAGAACCCCUCACCUCAGCCAUGUUCCUGUUCCUCCAAAGCAUGAAGGAGCCUGGGAAAGGGCCUGUCUCCCCCAAGAUCCUUUUCAACCAGCUAUGUCAGAAGGCCCCUCGCUUUAAGGGUUACCAGCAACAGGACAGUCAGGAAUUGCUGCAUUACCUCCUGGACUCCAUGAGAGUGGAGGAGACAAAGGUGAGUGCACGAUUCAUUUUUUCAUUUUAUUUAUUUAAAGAAAAAGCAGCUUUAAUGGGGGUUUGGGGGGUUGAGUGGCUGAAGCUGCAGGGUCGCCAUUCGUCCACUUCUCAUGAUGAGAGAGGUGCAGAUUUGGUUUCUAGCCGACAAGAGGAGGAGCCCUGUGUGGCUGGGCGUGGCCUGGCCAGUUGCCGGCCGGAUACGAUGGGCAGCCAAUCAGACUGCAGCGAGAAGGAUUCCAACCUGCAGGACAGCAGUAACGAUGCAGACAGCGAGGCCUCCGAGAGCGAAUGGUCACCACGAAUCCCAUCUGUGUCCACUCACAGUAGCAUAUCAGAUAAAGUCUCAACCGCCACCACUUCAGCCUCAACAGCACACAAUCCAAGUCUAAAAUCAAACCUGAGCCCGAGCCCCGCUCCGCAGGGCGGCGCUGUAGAGCAGCUUGUCAGUGCUGUGUCCAAGCUAGGCCUGGUGCACACUUCCACUGUUACUCUACCUGUCAGUCACAGCCCAGAGGAACCGUCCGAGGUCCGGGAGAGAGACCGUCAGCACCAUCAAGGGGCCUUCCAAGCCCUCUGUCACAGUUACACCCCCAGCUCUAAAGAGUGCUCCGUACAGUCCUGCCUGCAUCAGUUCACCUCUGUUGAGCUGCUGAUGGGCAACAACAAACUGCUCUGUGAGAACUGCACCGAGAGAAGGCAAAGGCAGAUGAAGAGGAGUGAUAAGAAGGCUGAGAAGGUGUACACCAGUGCCCGUAAACAGAUGCUCAUCUCUGCACUUCCUCCAGUGGUCACUCUUCACCUUAAACGAUUUCACCAGGCCGGGAUGAAUCUGAGGAAAGUUAAUAGACAUGUGGAUUUUCCUCUUUUGUUAGACCUGGCACCUUUCUGCUCUGCCACUUGUAAGAACCUCGGGUCAGGGGAGCGUGUUCUGUACAGCUUGUACGGCAUUGUGGAACACAGCGGAUCAAUGCGAGGUGGGCACUAUGCAGCCUACGUGAGGGUCCGCACCCCCCAGCGUAAACCUGAGCAGCGCCGGAACCAGUCAGGUUCCAGAGAGGCCAGCUCAGCCCCACAAGGUCAGUGGGUGUAUGUUAGUGACACCAGCGUUCAGACUGUACCGGAGUCCAGAGUGCUGAACUCUCAAGCUUAUUUACUUUUCUAUGAAGAACUCCUAUAAGAUCCAGACGGGCGCGUGAAUGCAAGAUGAUCCAGACGAAUGCAAAACGCAAUAUCAGCUCAGACAACUGCGAGCACUUACUGCAUGACUAUAUCCCUGUAUUUUAAUGUAGGAUUCCAUAUACUAAAAGCUUUGUCUUAUGGCUCAUUCAUUACUCAAGGUGAUCUGAAUUAAAAAUGGGAGCCAUUAUUAUUGAUGUAAAAUAAUAUUAUGAGUUUAAGUUAUUUAUAUUUUACAGCUAAUAUUUGAGCCUAACGUUUAUUUUUGGGGGGUUAAUUUUGCAGGAGAAAUUGCCAAAGAGUAAUUUAAGAUAAAUAUGUAUAGAAUAUAUAUUAUGAGAGGGAGGAUUGUGCCAAAAGAGUCUAUAACCUCUGUUGUGAAAGGGAAACUCAGCACAAUAUGCAGCUGUUGCGUUCAGAGCCGUUUAAACCCGUCAUAUCCUGCACUGGAUCACACAAACUAGUCACACACACACAUAGACACACGCAAACAACAUAUCAUCAUUUACUUGGGAGACAAUUUAAUAUUCACAAGGUUGCUUGACAACAAUAUAAUAAAUUGUAAUUUGCUGAUUGUCAUUUAUUUUUGUGUUAACGUUUAACUUUGGUUUGCUUGAUCAGUACUAAUGUUUUUGAAUUUAGUUUAAUUCAAAUCAUAGAAGUGGGCCCUCCUGUAAAGUUUUAUGAAUUUGUAACUUGAGAACAUUUCUCAGUAUCUAAUGGUUAAGGAGUUGGUGCAAUAUUCCUGGACUUUGCCUCAUGCCUAAUUUUUCAGAAAUGAAUGAGAGUAGAAAACAAUUUCUUAUUAUUUCCCCUUUUUGAUUUUUGAAACUACAUCAGUGCCUACAGUUUAUGAGGGCUGAGAUUGUUUUGCAUGUCUUUAGCAAAGUAUUUGAUUCAUACAAGAGUAUAAAGAGAAUGGUUUGUGUAUAUACUGAUUAGAAAUAUACAUAAUUGUAUGUAAAAUAUGUAUCUUGUUCAAUACUAUUUAUUCUGUUUACCAGGCAGAUAUUGUAACACCAUAGAUUUGUGUGGUGUUUAUGGCUUCAGGGUUCCUCAAGCUGUUCUAUUGCUUGAAUUUUGUGAACAUAAUCCAGUACAAAAUCAUUUAAAUACAUGUA